ACUCCGACAUGAGCGGACUGAAAUAGUGAAAUGCGCCUCGGGUAUUAUUGUCUGGCACUCGGGCUUUGCCUGCUCUUGCAACAGGACCUUCACCAGGACUUAGUACAGGCAGCCAAUAUCCUGGGAAUAUUUCCUUACCACAUCAUUUCGCCCUAUUUGGUAAUGCAACCAUUUGUUCGCACUUUAGUAAAAAGGGGCCACAAUGUGACUCUUAUCACACCUGAGGGCAUGCCAAACGAUCUGGAUGGAGUUCGCCAUAUACGAGUUCCCAAGCUUAAUAUACGCAUAAAGCAAAUGUUAGAGUCUGAUCAACUUCUUGACUUUAUGAUUAACAAAUGGACGGAGAGUGCUCUUACAGCGAAAGUGCUUUUCAAUGCCUCCCAUGAUAUUUUGAGUGAUCCUGGUGUUCAAAGAAUGUUACAUGACCGUAAUGAGAGGUUUGACCUAAUCAUGAUGGAGCCGACUAAUCUGGAUGCUCUCUAUGGCCUGGUGGAGUACUACAAUGCCACUUUGAUGGGCUUUUCUAGUGUGCGGAUUAACUGGAACAUCGAAGAAUUGGCGGGAAAUCCUGCGCCAAUUGUUUACGAGCCCAUCUCUCCGAUAGGUUACUCCUUGGACAGCUCCUUCUUGAGCAGGAUUUACAACUGGAUCCAUAUAACGGAGGAGAAAUUUCUGGAGAAUCUCAUGAUUCGACCGGCUCAACUGCGCAUUUUCCAGCAAUUCUUCGGAUAUUCAGCGGAGAAGCUGAAUGAGCUGCGGACCAGAUUCUCAGUGAUCCUAAGCAACAACCACUACAGUUUGGGAAAAGUUCGGGCCAAUGUACCCAACAUCAUCGAAGUGGGCGGUCUGCAUCUUAGUGAACCCCCAGAACCUUGUGAUGAGGAUCUGCAGAAAUUUAUGGACGAUGCAGAGUACGGUGUCAUCUAUUUCUCCUUGGGACUGGACAUAUUCAUAAAGUUUCUUCCGAUGGAUAUUCAGCAACCACUACUGCAGUCAUUUGCCAAACUAAAGCAACGGGUGAUUUGGAAGAACGAGCUCUUCAGUGUGCCCAACAAAUCGGAUAACGUGUAUGUUAUUGAGAAGGCCCCUCAACGAAGCAUUUUAAAACAUCCCAAAGUGCGGCUUUUUAUCACAAAUGGAGGAUUAUUAAGUGUGAUGGAGGCGGUGGACAGUGGAGUUCCUAUGCUAGGAUUACCGAUGUUUUUUGACCAAUUCGGUAAUUUGCGUUGGGGAGAAUUAGCUGGCAUAGUCGAGGUCUUGGAUAUCAAUGCUCUAAAUGAAGAAACUUUGACCACAACUAUUCAGAAAAUUAUCGAGAACCCCAAGUAUGCUCAGAGGGCAAAGGAAAUGUCGCAACUCUUCAGGGAUCGACCCAUGAGUCCACUGGAUACGGCUGUCUGGUGGACAGAAUACGCCUUACGAAACCGUAAUAUAUCCCGAAUGCGACUCAAUGUGGAGGAGAUUCCCCUGAUUCAGUACUACGCAAUAGACAGCAUCCUCACUUUUGGCUUUCGAUUUGGAUUAAUCGCAGUGUCAGUUUUCUUCUUGUGCUACAGUUUGUUUCAUAAAAGUCGAGGCAGACAGAGAUUUAUGAGAUGAUUGUUUUAAUAAAGUAUUUGUUACAAUCUA